GCACCGUUAUCUCUAAGCGCUCUAUCGCAAACCGGAAGCAGUUGUAUCCUCCCAAGCAAGCACGGUGUUGCGGUCGUGUUGUGCCGAUUAAAAGUCAGUUUUCAGGGGCAUAAGCCCUGAUUUAAAUCUUCAGCAAAUCUCUGACAGCCUCUGACACCAUGGCGCCCCUCCUGUUAAAGCACUUGGCUGCCUCCCUGACUCGCCAAGUGGUCCAGAUGAGCCGGUUAAAUCUGACCUUCUCUUCACCAGCAGCUAGUGCUUACAGAUGUAUCUACACUCUCACCACAGCUCCCCGCACACUGCUCCUGUCAUCAGCUGGAGUCAGCUCCAUCCAGCCUCCCUCGUCUGGCUCCUCUGCUCAAUGUGUACCAUCUCUGUUGGGACAGUGUCAGCAUCUUCCCUGCAUCCAGCCUUCUGCAGGGAUGAAAACCAAGUCUGCCCUGAAGAGACGCUGCAAGGACUGUUUUUUUGUUCGACGGAGGGGACGUUUGUUUGUGUUCUGCAAGACAAAUCCAAGACACAAACAAAGGCAGGGCUAAAAUGUUAAAUGAGAAAAUUGCUUUAAGAUAGUGAAUAUUUACCAGGACUGUGCUACAAUAAUAAAUUGUUUGGCUGAAGAACUUUCAUAGCUUUUUCUCACUCCUCUUAUGUUUCCCUCUUUUACAGCGACAGCCAGAAAUACGUAUUAUAGUGGUUGUUUUGUUUUUCCCCAUUCA